AGCCAGACCGGGGAAGAAUGGAGGCGGCUGCGACCGAAAUGGAGGCGGAGGUCUUAAAGGCAUUGGCCAAAUUGAGUACCGUUCUGGAGCCCGCAGGCUUGCAGGAAGAAGCAGAGCUGCCUGCACAGAUGUUGGCUGAGUUUGUGAUGGACUCUCGGAAGAAGGACAAGCUUCUGUGUAGCCAGCUGCAGGUAGCGGACUUCCUGCAGAGUUUCAUGGUGAAUGAGGACACUGCCCAGGGUCUAGCUUCUGAAGACACAAGCCGGAAAAUGGCAGCAGAAGCCAAGGAGCAGUGGAAAGAGCUGAAGGCCACCUAUCAGGAACACGUGGAGGCCAUCACAAGCGGUCUGAAGCAGGCCCUGCCUCUGAUGGAGGAGGCCCGGCUGAAGCAGGCCCAGCUCCAGGGGGCGCUUGAGCAGCUCCAGGCCAAGAAGCAAGUGGCCAUGGAGACACAAAGGGCAGCCCAGCAGCAGUGGCAACUACAGCAGGAGAUGCAUGUGCAGCAUGUGGCAGAAAUAAGAGAUCGACAGAGGGAAACUCAGCAGGAGGUUGAACGGCUGUAUCAGGACCUCGGAAGCUUGAUGAGUCAGGCCGAACAGGAACGGGAUAAGCUGCACAGACACCAGGCCUUCCUGCAGCUACUGUGCAACCUGCAGAAUCAGAUGCUCCCCGAGGCGGAGGCAGAGCGGCAGCCACCUCAGUAGUCUGUCUGUCCACCAGAUAUUCCUGAAGGUAAACCUCAGGAACGGACUUGGCCCAAGGAGCAAAACCACGGGCUCAGCCUGGGAGGAGAUGGGGUGACCCUCUCAGGUGAAUGACAUAAGAUGGGUGGAUAGGAGACAAAUUGGAAGCUAAACCGCACAAUCUAUGAACUUGAGAACAUUAACUUCUGUGACCCAGAUCGGGACACAGCCUUGUCGUCAUGUGUUUCCUCUUGGGCAAAGGGAAAGAACUGUAGAUACUCAAGUGCAAACAUGGCAAGAUCUGGCACUGGUGUGAAGGGAAGGUGCAGCCAGGAAUGGGUGAGGAGGGGCUGGCCCAAACUAUCAUUUCUCUUUCUAAUUUUGGUUUACACUCUGCAAAUGUCAUAGUAAGGUACAUACAAAUUUAUAUUAUCUUUUAAACUGAGCUAUAGAGUUGCUAGUUGUCAGGAUCGAUGACAGCAAUGAAUUUGGUUUGGUGGUUUGGAACCUUUAUUGUAGUGUUAUUUACUAUUGAUAAAAUAAUUUAUUAUUAAUAAAAGCUUCAAAAAGUU